AUGGGAGCAGCACUGGCAAGAGCAGCUCAGUGGACUGCUGCCGGUUCUGGAACUGGCAAACUCGAAAUCACCCCUUUGAAUGAAUCUCUUUUAAAUCAGAUUAUUAAGUUUGCAGAGGACUUCAGCACUAGGCAUCCUCGGGAAGCAGCGUUUGUCUUCAGAGAGCCCCUCGAGUGGAAAACACAAUUGGGCUGUUCAGUAUUUGGAGAGGGUUAUGAGAUCAAUGGAGCAACUGUACAGUCUGAAGCCAAAGGUAAAGAUGGCCAACCAUUGCUUCUCCUUGUGGCACCAACUCUCAGUGUUCGCAGUUUUGACCAGCUGUCCUGCUUGCUACAGAUUGCUGUGGAAAAAAAGUUAAAGGAAGCACAGGCAUGCCUUGAAGCUAACAGAGAUCCUAUCGUGAAAAUUCUUGGCCCUGAAUAUGGGACUGUGGAAGGAGAAGAUAUGUCCAUGUUGCAUUUACUUGACAAAGUGAAAAAAGAUGAUGACCCUGAAACAGAGAUGAAAAUGAAAAUCUUUCUUCUUCUUCAUCAUCUGGAUUUGCAACUGCUUAAUAGUUCUUUGAAACACAUUUCACAAGAUGUAAGACUAAAUCCAGCUGCUGUAAAUAAUGAAGUGAAUCUUCUCAAGAAUUUCUCUGGGAAAGGAGAAGAUACAUUAUUGGAAUCACUGGAAUAUACAUCAGAUUAUACAUUCUCUAACGGAUGCCGAGCUCCUCCCUGGAGACAAGUGCAUGGAGAAAUCUGUUACUUAGUCAUCAAACCACAUGACACUGAUCCUUUGUAUAUCACUUGCAGCACAGCAGGAGUGUUUUUAAAUGGAGGUGAGCUAAAGGGUGAAAAUGCCAUUGACUAUGAAAGAAAAAGUGAUGUAUAUAAAGAUAUUGUCACACUUUUAAGGGAGAGAUCACCUAGAUUUGUAGAAAAUAUUGGUAAACAGGAAUAUAAUUUUUUUAAAGAACCAACAUAUGAUGAAAAUUAUCAGCGUAUGGAAGCAGUUGAUGCUAAGGUCUCUGGCCAAUCCCAGAACCUUUAUGAUUUUACACAAAAGAAUGUAUGUGAGAAAGUGAAAAGUUCUGCAGCAAGGAGAUCCAUUGACAAGAAGAAAUUAGAACCAUUUAUGAGGUGGAAGAAAACUGGGCUUUCUGCUUCCCACAGAACCAAAUAUUUUAGUGACAAGGCCGCAAAAAAAGAUACUGGAGAAGAAGGGAGAAGUAGUACUGUGUCUCUGAAAAUCAAAAAGAAAGCCAGUGGCAUUUCUUCUGAAUCUGUUAAAAUACAACCAGCUUCAAAAUGUAAAACAUCAGGCAGGUUUGAAGUCGUUAGUGAAAGUUCCUCAGCGACUGAGGAGGAUGAAGAACAGCCUGUACGUCAUCAGGAAGGAAACACUGAUUUGCCAUCAGAAUACUGGGGAAUUCAGAAACUUGCAAAAUAUUUAAAGGGAGGUAAUCCAACAGCUACUGUAAUCGCAUUGUGUUCAAUGAGAGAUUUCAAUCUGGCUCAAGAAACUUGUCAGCUGGCCAUCAGAGACAUUGGAUGUCUUGAAGUGUUAAUUAAUUUACUUGCUACAGAAGAAAUUAAAUGUCAGAUUGGUUCAUUAAAAAUUCUGAAGGAAAUUAGUCAAAAUACACAGAUCAGACAUGCAAUUGCAGAUCUUGGGGGCUUACAGAUCAUGGUGAAAAUACUGGACUCUCCAGAUAAAGAACUAAAAUGUUUGGCAGCUGAAACCAUUGCUAAUGUUGCUCGAUUUAAACGAGCACGAAGGACAGUAAGGCAGCAUGGAGGAAUCAAGAGAUUGGUUGGGCUGUUGGAAUGUAUUUCAGUGGGACCAGCCAGUCUAACACCAUAUCAAGCAAAAGAUAAUGAAAUGGCACGCUGUGGGGCUUUGGCACUCUGGAGCUGCAGCAAAAGCAGCAAAAAUAAAGAAGCAAUCCGUAAAGCUGGUGGCAUUCCACUAUUUGCUAGAUGGCUCAGGUGUUCACAUGCAAACAUCUUAAUCCCAGUAGUGGGGACGCUACAAGAAUGUGCCUCAGAGCCAAGUUACAGACUUGCAAUAAGGACAGAAGGAAUGAUUGAGAACCUUGUGAAAAAUCUGAGUAGUGAACAUGAGGAGCUUCAGAUGCAUUGUGCAAGUGCCAUAUUUAAGUGUGCAGAAGAUAAAGAAACACGUGACUUGGUUAGACAGCAUGGAGGUCUACAACCACUGUCUAUUCUGCUUGGUAACUCUGAAAACAAACAACUUCUAGCAGCUGUGACAGGAGCAAUCUGGAAAUGUGCCAUCAGUGGAGAAAAUGUGUCAAAAUUUCGGGAAUAUAAAGCCAUCGAAGCUUUGGUAGGACUGCUCACUGAUCAGCCUGAAGAAGUUCUUGUAAAUAUUGUUGGAGCACUGGGGGAAUGUUGCCAAGAGCCAAUAAAUCGAACUAUUAUAUGUAAAUGUGGUGGAAUACCACCUCUAGUGAAGUUACUUACUGGAACUGAUCAGGCACUACUUGUGAAUGUCACCAAAGCAGUGGGAGCCUGUGCAACAGAACCUGAAAAUAUGAUGAUAAUUGACCGUCUAGAUGGAGUUCGUUUGUUAUGGUCAUUGUUGAAAAAUCCUAAUCCAGAUGUUCAAGCAAGUGCAGCUUGGGCCAUUUGUCCUUGCAUUGAAAAUGCUAAGGAUGCUGGGGAAAUGGUUCGAUCCUUUGUUGGUGGCUUGGAACUGAUAGUCAAUUUGCUAAAAUCAAAGAAUAAAGAAGUUUUAGCAAGUGUAUGUGCUGCCAUUACAAAUAUAGCUAAGGAUGAAGAAAAUUUAGCUGUUAUAACAGAUCAUGGAGUCGUCCCUCUGUUGUCCAAACUAGCAAACACAAACAAUGACAAAUUGAGACGUCACUUAGCGGAGGCCAUUUCCCACUGUUGCAUGUGGGGGAGCAAUAGAGUUACCUUUGGAGAGACCAAGGCUGUAGCUCCUCUAGUACGUUACUUGAAGUCAAAUGAUCCAUCAGUUCACAGAGCUACGGCUCAGGCUUUAUAUCAACUUUCAGAGGAUCCCAACAACUGUAUCACCAUGCAUGAAAAUGGAGUGGUAAAGCUCCUACUGGCUAUGGUAGGCUCUACAGAUGAAACUCUGCAGGAGGCAGCAGCUGGUUGCAUAGCAAACAUUCGCAGAUUGGCUCUAGCAACAGAGAAAGCAAAGUAUGGCUGAUGCUUUAGCAGCUUUUACCAACACAUUUCUUUUGCAGUACAGCUACAUUUAAAUAAAUGAUUACUCCUUCUAGCAUCUGUAUUUCAUAGCAGAGCUCAUUUAUAUGAGGAUAAUUUAAUAACAAAAAUAAAUCUGUGGAAGAUUGUGUUUGGUUUUACAUUAUUAGUUUGUCACAUGUAGGUUUUAUAAAACACACUCACACCUAGUUUUGUGUGUCUUUCAGUAUUACAUCUUUCAAAAGACUCUCGGUUAAGAUAUGUCAACGACUUUUUCUCCAAUUAAUACACUUGUAUUUGAAAUUCCUUAUAGACAUAAAUGAUUUUGCAUAUCUGUGACCUUACAGUAAAUUUUCCUUCACUGCGUGUGUGGUUGUGCAGUGAUUUGCGAAUGUCUUGAACAAUUCCCUUCGUGCUAAACUUGUCCAAUCAUCCUGUCAUUAUGUUCUUGCCUGUUUGAUCACUUGCAAUUCACAGGAGAGGACAAAAUACAGAUACAUCAAUCUCACAUCUGGUGUUACAUAAGGAUUGCAAACAGCUGUAGCAGUAGACGUUACUCCAAAUUUCCUGU